CGCUGCCCAUGGGGCGGCGGGCAGCGGCGGGGUGCUGAGUGCCCGCCCUGUGCCCCGCAGCCCCGCCGCCAUGCGCGACCUGGAGCUGCCGGUGGGGACGUGCCGGGACCUGUGCCCGCCGGCGGAGCGCGCUCGGCGGGAGCAGGAGCGUCGCCUGCACCGGCUGGAGGUGGCGCCGGGGCGCGCCGUGAAGGAGUACCGUAGGCCGGCCGCCGGCCAACCGCCCCCGCGGCCCAGCGAGCUGCGGCCGCCCGCCGUGCUGCUGGACACCGUGCGCUACCUGGCCCGCCUGGUAGCCGAGCGCGCCGACGCUCCCCGCGCCGAGGUGGCGGGCUUCGUGGCCGACCGGCUGCGCGCCGUGCGCCUGGACCUGGCCCUGCAGCGCUCCGGCCUCGCCGAGGCGGCUCUGGUGCUCGAGGCGGCACAGGCCGUGCUGCUGGCCGUGGUGGCGCGCCUCGGACCCGAGCCCGACCCCGGCCCCGUCGUGGAUCCCGUGCUGCUGCAGGCCCAGGUGCAGGAGGGUUUCGGGUCGCUGCGGCGCUGCUACGCGCAGGGCGCCCCCGGGCCCCGGCCCCGCCAGGCCGCCUUCCAGAGCCUCUUCCUGCUUUAUAACCUCGGCUCAGUCCAGGCCCUCCACGAAGUGCUGCAGCUGCCCGCGGCCCUGCGUGCCUGCCCGGCCCUGCACACGGCCCUGGCCGUGGACUUGGCCUUCCGGGAAGGCAAUGCGGCCCGUCUCUUCCGGCUGCUCCGUGCCCUACCCUACCUGCAGAGCUGCGCCGUGCAAUGCCACGUGGGCCACGCUCGCCGCCAGGCCCUGGCCCGGAUGGCUCGGGCCCUGAGCACCCCAAAGGGCCAGACCGUGCCCCUGAGCUUCAUGAUCCACCUGCUAGCACUAGAUGGACCCGAGGAGGCCCAGAACCUGUGCCAGGCCCACGACUUGCCGCUGGAUGGAGAGGAGAAAGUCGUGUUCCUGCGGGGGCACUAUACCGAGAAGGGGCCACCCCCUGCCGGGGCCUGCACAGUAUUAGUGGGGAACAAACUUGAAGGGCGCACAGUGGAGGAGAUGGUUAUGACCGAGGAGGAAAAUGAAUGUCUGGGGCUACCCACAUCCCCAGUGUGAAGAGGACCCAUGGUCUCCACCCAGC